GGUCUGGAUGACAGUGAGAUGAUUUCCGAUGAUCGGCUGCAAGCUGAUAAUAUUGAGGAUUAUUUCAACAAGUUCAUUCCACAUGAUGCGUGCUGGGAUCUGGAAAAACGAGGAGAGGUCGGGGAAACACCAUUUCAUCUCUUAAUUCUAAUGGAUACGCCAGUGCAUUUCGAGGUGGCCAGAAUUCUUCUGAACUUGUAUCCUAAUCUAGCCUUGGAUAUCUAUGAAGGAGAAGAAUACUAUGGUGAGAGUGCCUUGCAUAUAGCUAUUGUCAUAGGGAACUUUGACCUGGUGAAAAUGUUGGUCAGUGCUGGAGCUCUGGUCAAUCAGAGGGCAACAGGGAGGUUCUUUCUGCCAGAGGAUCAGAAGCAGGGAUACACUGGAAGGACUAAUUAUAAAGGCUAUGCAUACUACGGUGAGUAUCCCCUGGCAUUUGCUGCCUGCCUGGGGAACAAGGACAUCUACGACUACCUUUUAGAUCAUGGGGCUGACCCUGACUUGCAGGAUUCCUUUGGUAACACGGUUCUCCACAUGGUGGUUAUCUCUGAUCAAAGUGUGA